AUGUUUUCAUCUUCACCGCCUUUGACCUCGCCUCUUUCUUCUUAUCUCAAUUUGCUUCCAGUUUCAUCAGAGUUGUGUUUGUCGAUGACCAAUUGCACACGCCUUGGAGGAGCGAUGGGCAGGGAGAAAGCUGGAAGGAGACGGAGAAUUGGUGCGAAGAAGAAUCUUAUCAGAAGUGGUUCAGUUGAUGUUGUUGUGGUAGAGAGUGUUGCUGCCCUUGUGCCUAAAUGUGAAGUUGAUGGUGAAAUGGGUGAUGCACACAUGGCAAUGCGAGGUAGACUUAUGAGUCAGGCACUUCGUAAAUUAAGCCAUUCAUUAUCUACAUCACAAACUAUUUUGAUCUUCAUUAAUCAGACAUUAGGAAGUCAAGUUCUGGUGAAGAUUAUGAAGAAUAAGCUUGCACCACCUUAUAGAACUGCUCAAUUUGAGCUUGAAUUUGGGAAGGGUUGUGGCAAGAUUCUGAGAACAGAACAUUAUUAUCUAAUUUGCUCAUUAAGAAUUCUUCCCAGUUGUGCAUUGGAAAAAAAAAAUGGACACGCUUUUAGAAUCAUGGAGGUGAGCAAUGACCCCAUUGCAAUGGCAACGGUGGCACCUCUUGCACCCGUAACGAGUGAACGACCAAUUCGGGAUGAUCUUGAGACCUCCAUUCCCAAACCUUACCUGGCUAGAGCUUUUGUUGCACCUGAUAUGGAACAUCCUGAUGGCACACCAGAUCACAACCCUCGUGGCAUGAGCGUGCUCCAGCAACAUGCCUCCUUCUUCGAUCUUGAUAACGAUGGCAUUGUUUAUCCUUGGGAGACUUACAAAGGGUUUCGAGUGCUUGGGUUCAACAUAUUGUUCUCUCUUCUCAAUGCGAUCUUAAUUAAUUUGCUAUUUAGUUACCCAUCUCUCCCGGGUUACAUACCAUCUCUUUUGUUUCCAAUUUACAUAUCCAACAUUCAUAAAUGCAAGCAUUCAAGUGAUUCUGGGACGUAUGACACAGAAGGAAGGUAUCUUCCAGUUAAUUUUGAAAAUAUAUUUAGCAAAUACAGCAAAACAAAGCCCGAUAAACUAACAUUGAAGGAGCUAUGGAACUUGACGGAUGGAAAUCAUGUUACAUUUGGCACGAUCGGAUGGAUUAUAAACAAGGUAGAAUGGGGAACUGCAUACCUUCUUGCUAAAGAUGAUGAAGGUUACCUAUCAAAAGAAGCCAUUAGAGGUAUCUUUGAUGGCAGUUUAUUCGAUAAAAUGGCCAAGAAGAAUUCAGUUGAGGGUAAAAAGAUGCGUUGAUAAUGAUCCAUAUGGCUAUAGAUAGACAUAAUGUGUGAUUAUUAUAAUUAGAAGAAUAAAAUAUUUGAACAUGAUGAUAAAGAGAGAUGUAUUGAUUUAUGGAUGCAGUUUAUCUAUAUUAUUUAUAAUAAUGUAUCAUCGUAAUGUAAUCAUUUUGGAACUACAACACAUACACGCAUGUAUAUCCAUA